UUUUUGCCUCUGCUUGUCUUUUUAUUUUGAUUCAGAUUCAGGAAAACUUCCGUGAACUAAAACUGUAAAAAAUAUACUUUAACCGUAUUUGAGGAUGUUGAAACUAUCCCACAGUGGUGCUCGAUGGACCUUGGAAAUCUUCAAAGUGUUGACCCCCUUUCAGUCUAGCGCAAGGUUCUGUUCUGUGGACAACAAAUCCUUCCUUGUUUACGACAAAGAUCCGGGACCACAGUUUGUGCGGCAGGAUGUCCAAAAGCUGUUGCGUUCUAUGUCCCGGCUAGAGCUCGACAAGGUGUUCCGGAAGCGUUCGGUCAACGACAACACCGUUGAGUACAAGUUUAUGACCGAUGAGCAGCUGAAAGGAGAGGUGGUUCAAUCGAUAAGCAAGGCUCGUCGCUUGCUUCAGAUGCCUCCUGUGGUCGCGAUCAUGCAGGACUCACCGAAAGUUCUGUCCAAGGACGGGGCACUGAAAGGGUUUUCGGAGUCAAAAGUCGUCAUUACGGACAUUACUUAUGGGGUUAAGAACAGCAAAAGGGUCAUAGUAGAACGACUGCCGGAUGGAACUUUGCAAGACGCGGCAUACGAAACCAGAAAGCGUCUGAAUCAGAUAUAUUUUCCGCUCAAUGGUCGCAAGGUUCGGCUGCCUAAGAUGUUCGAACCGGGACAGUUGAAGAAGAUUUUGGAAAAUGGUGAAUAUGAGUUUGUUCUGGACAGAGCCUGCAUACAGUUCGAACCUUAUGAGCAGGAAUAUCACGAUGUUACUACGACAGUUUAUCAACAUGUUGCCGAAAACAAAGCGUUUGAUGCUUUACGAUCUACGAGACAUUUCGGGCCCAUGUGUUUUUUCCUUGCAUGGCACCGGCUGAUAGAUGAUCUACUGCUGGACAUGAUCAAACGGGACUAUCUGCGAAACGGAGUGGAAUUGAUUACCUUAUAUUGUUCGUUGAACGACGUCUCAUUAGCCUCCAAAGACUUUGAACCGCUCAAACAACAAGUUUUAGAAACGGAUGCACCAGUUUUUGACGUGGAAGAUAAAACAGUGAAGGAUCUUCAACAGGAUGAAAAAUAUCUGGUCCUCAUUGAACAGUUUGUAUCCGAGCAAAGCACCAAGAAGGUUCAACUUAAUCUUGCGAUCGCAUCGUAUCGUGAAAUGGCAAUGGAGAGGCAAGCACUAGUAGAGGGACUCCGGAAAAUGCACGGAAACAGUUAGAGCUUACAAGUUUUAUUCAGCAUUCUUAGAUAUUACAAGAAAAAUUAAAAUAAAUCCAUCAACCAAUCCAUCA